AUGGCUUCAGAAGCAGUGAAGGUGAUUGUGCGUUGCCGCCCUCUGAAUGACCGUGAAAAGCAGCACAAAAGCAAGAUCGUUCUCACCAUGGACAGUGCCCGGAGGCAGUGCUUCGUCCAGAACCCAGCAGCUGCAGAUGAUCCGCCGAAACAGUUCACCUUUGAUGGGGCAUAUUACAUGGACCACACCACGGAGCAGAUCUAUAAUGAAAUUGCCUAUCCGCUCGUUGAGGGUGUUAUGGAAGGCUACAAUGGUACCAUCUUUGCCUAUGGGCAGACUGGCUGUGGGAAGUCCUUUACCAUGCAAGGGAUUUCGGAUCCCCCUUCACAGAAGGGUAUAAUUCCCCGAGCCUUUGAACAUGUGUUUGAGAAUGUGCAGUGUGCAGAAAACACUAAGUUCUUGUUAAGGGCUUCUUAUCUGGAGAUCUAUAAUGAAGACAUCAGAGACCUCCUUGGUUCGGACACCAAACAAAAAUUAGAGCUGAAAGAACACCCAGAGAAAGGAGUCUAUGUGAAGGGCCUGUCUCAGCAUACGGUGCACAGUGUGGCCCAGUGUGAGCGCAUCAUGGAGACCGGCUUCAAAAACCGUGCUGUGGGCUACACCCUGAUGAAUAAGGACUCUUCCCGCUCCCAUUCUAUCUUCACUGUCAGCAUGGAGAUCUACACUGUUGAUGAGAGAGGACAAGAUAAGCUGCGGGCUGCCAAGCUCAACUUGGUGGACUUGGCUGGGAGUGAGAGGCAGUCCAAAACCAGAGCUGUUGGAGAACGCUUCAAAGAGGCCACCAAAAUCAACUUGUCUCUCUCUGCUCUUGGCAACGUCAUCUCAGCCCUGGCAGAUGCGAGGUGCAUGCACAUCCCUUACCGGGACUCCAAACUGACCCGAGUGCUGCAGGACUCCCUGGGGGGUAACACCAAGACCCUCAUGGUGGCGUGCCUGUCUCCUGCAGACUACAAUUAUGACGAGACCCUCAGCACCUUGCGCUACGCCAACCGAGCCAAGAACAUCCAGAACAAGCCCCGCAUCAACGAGGAUCCUAAGGAUGCUCUGCUGCGGGAGUACCAGGAGGAGAUCAAGAAACUGAAGGCCAUUUUGGCUCAGCAGAGCAGCACCGUGUUGCCAUAUCUCUUGCCUUCUGAGGCUGCUUGGCCUGUUGGGAAACCUGAGAUCCCUCCUGGAUUCCAGAGAGAUAGUGAGAAAGAGAAGGAGCUAAUCCGAGAAGAAUAUGAGAAGAAACUGGCCAAGCUGAAAGCUGAUUAUGAAGCUGAGCAGGAAUCUCGCGUCCAGCUUGAGGAGGACAUUGGCGCCUUAAGGAUUGCUUAUGACUUGCAGUUGACCACUUUGGAAAGGAGGAAGGAAGCAGGGACCACAGAGCCAGUUGAAACUUUUCCUGAGCACAUUCCCCAAGGCCCUGAUUUAGAAACAGAAGCGCCAGUCAAGGAGUUUGGCAUGGCAGAGCCUCCUGUCGCUGAGACCAACAGACCUGAAGAAGUACCUGUAACUGUGGACCAACAGCAAGUACUUGCCAGGUUGCAGCUGCUAGAGCAACAAGUGGUUGGUGGAGAGCAGGCUAAGAACAAGGAUCUGAAGGAGAAGCAAAAACGGCGAAAAAGGCUUGCAGAUGAGCGGAAGGAGCAGCUCUUGAAGGCCCUGCAGGGAACAGACGAGGAUAGCAGCGACUGGGUGUUGCUCAACGUUUAUGACUCCAUCCAGGAAGAAGUGCGAGCCAAAAACAAGCUGCUGGAAAAGAUGAAGGAGAAGCUGCGAGCAGCUGAAGCUGAAAUCAGAGACCUGCAGUCAGAAUUUGAAAUAGAGAAGAUAGAUUUCCUGGCCACCAUCCGCCGCCAGGAGCAAGAACUCCUGCUCCAUCAACAGCUUCUGGACCAAGUGCAGCCUCUCAUAAGGCGGGACUGCAACUACAGCAACUUCGAUAAGAUCAAGCAGGAGUCCACCUGGGAUGAGGACUUGGGUUGCUGGAAACUCCCAGAGCUUGUCACAGAAAAGACCAGCUUCCCUGCUGCAGUUUCAUCGUUUUCACAGACAAAAGUGGGCAAGAAGAGCUCUGCAUCAGAGCACAGGGAAACAUUGACAGCGCAGGAAGAAGACCGCUACAAAAUGAUGCUGAACAAGAGUGACAGCGAAAAUGUUGCCAGCAAUUAUUUCCGUUCAAGGCGGGCAAGCCAAAUUCUCAGUGCUGACCCCGUGAAGAGUCUGGCUUCCCACUGUGUGCCCUCCCAUCCUCCAUCCUAUGGCAUGCCACCUAUUUCCCUGACCCAGACGGCAGAGAUACCCCAGCCACGCCCAUUCCGCCUCGAAUCCUUGGACUUUUCUACCAAGACAAAACGCAAGAAAAGCCGGAACAACCGGAGCAGUGACCCUUUCUAA